AUGGUGCCUCAGCAGCUGUAUGAUCCGAGCACUAAGACUGCAGGCUGCGGACAUGAUUUUCUUGAUUCUGCGGAGAUGGAAGGGAAGGAUCGAGACUCGCGGAGUCUGGACGAGCUGUGGAUCUUCCAGGCAAAACCAGAUGAGAACGUUUCCGCUGAAACAACGGCACGAUCAGAGUUCAAGGUCCCGAUGUGUGACGUCGAGGAGCUGCCGUACUCGCUUUACAGGUGGUGA